CGGGAGGAACUAGCGGAGCCGCCGUCAGAGCGCUGCUGAGCGGGGUCACGAACUCUGACCUUUAGCAGAAGAAAAACAACUACUAAUUAUUUUUUAAGUAUCGGAACACCUUUAAUCCACGCCUGCCGUCCCCCCGAGACAGACCUUACUAAUGACCCCACAUCAUCAUGACGGCAAACCUGAACCUGCUUUCUCAGCAGAAAACAGACCCCGAGCAUGAGGCAGAGGAGCCUUCCUCUCCAUCAGAGUCGAUGACGAGUGAGUCUCCACAGCGGUUUCAGGUCAUCUCGACUGAGCCUUCCACACCACCACAGCAAAUACAGAUUAUAACCGACCAGCAGACAGGCCAGAAGAUCCAGAUAGUGACAGCAAUGAACCCGUCCAGUGCUUCCAAGCAGCAGUUCAUUCUGACCACAGCUGACAAUUCAAGUGCAAGCAAGGUUAUUUUGGCAUCACCAGAAAGUGCCAACACCAAGCAACUUAUCUUUACUUCUGCAGAUAGCCUGAUGCCAGGACGGAUACAGAUUGUCACUGAUCCUGUAUCAAUGGAGCGAUUGUUGGGACAGUCUGGGGAUUUAAGUCGGUCACAACCUGUGGAAUACUGUGUGGUGUGUGGAGACAAAGCUUCAGGGCGUCACUAUGGAGCUGUCAGUUGUGAGGGAUGUAAAGGUUUUUUCAAGCGGAGCGUGAGGAAGAGUUUGACCUACAGCUGCCGCAGUAAGCAGGACUGCGUCAUCAACAAACAUCACCGCAAUCGUUGCCAGUUCUGCCGUUUGAAGAAAUGCCUUAAGAUGGGGAUGAAAACCGAUUCUGUCCAGAGUGAGAGGAAGCCUAUUGACAUAGUACCCAGAGAGAGGCAUGCGAACUGUGCUGCCUCCACCCAGAAGAUCUACAUUCGCAAGGACCUAAACAGCCCGCUUAUCGCCACACCAACCUUUAUCUCCGAUACAGAUACAGAUGGCUCCAGGUCCAGCCUGCUGGACCAGGGGAUGCUGGUCAAUAUCCAGCAGCCAGUCAUUCAAACUGAUGGAACUUUGCUGUUAGCAGCUGACUCCAAGAUGGAUUCGGGGCAUGGAGACCUGGGUACACUAGCCAAUGUAGUGACAUCACUGGCCAGUCUGAGUGAAUCACUAAAAGAAAACCUGAAUAAUGGUGAUGCCUCAGAUCGUCAACACGCGGAGCCGGCUACCAGCGAUAUAACACGUGCCUUUGACACUCUGGCCAAAGUGUUCAAUCCAUCUGAGGUCGAGAUUGAACAAAAUCUGUCCGAGAAGUCACAGUGUACGAGCGGAACAACUAUCCACCUAAUUGGUCAAGACCAGGAGACGCCCAUCAUUGAGGUGGAGGGACCACUGCUCACAGACAGCCAUGUCAGUUUCAAGCUGACCAUGCCAAGCCCCAUGCCUGAGUAUCUGAAUGUACACUACAUCUGUGAGUCUGCGUCCAGACUCCUCUUCCUCUCCAUGCACUGGGCACGCUCCAUCCCUGCAUUCUCAGCCCUCGGUCAGGACGCAAACACCACUUUGGUGCGAGCCUGCUGGAAUGAGCUGUUCACUCUCGGUCUGGCUCAGUGCGCUCAUGUGAUGAACCUAUCAACCAUCCUCACUGCCAUUAUUAACCACCUGCAAAGCAGCAUCCAGGAUGAUAAGCUUUCAGGAGAGAGGGUGAAGCAGGUGAUGGAGCACAUCUGGAAGUUCCAGGAGUUUUGUAACAGCAUGACGAAGCUGGAGACGGAUAGUUAUGAAUAUGCUUACCUGAAGGCUAUUGUGUUGUUCAGCCCUGAUCACCCUGGUGUCGACAGCAGUGGGCAGAUUGAGAAGUUCCAGGAGAAAGCUCUGAUGGAGCUGCAGGACUAUGUCCAGAAAUCAUAUCCCGAAGACACAUACAGGUUGACGCGUAUUCUGACUCGUCUCCCCGCCCUUCGCCUCAUGAACUCAAGCAUCACAGAGGAGCUCUUCUUCACUGGCUUAAUAGGCAACGUCUCUAUAGACAGCAUCAUUCCCUACAUCCUCAAGAUGGAAACAGCGGAGUACAACAGCCAGGACUCCGACUCUACAGAAUGACAAACCUCCCAGAACCCGUCAGUUAAGAUUUUAGUAAUCAUCUUUUCAGGUAAACUCUUUAUCUCAGUGUUGAGGUGCUGAACUGCAGUCCAAAACUCUGCCGCAGCCCCUUGUUUUUAAACAGUGCAUGGUGCAAAGUUAAUUGGGAAUGCUUUUUUGAAUUGUUUGGAUAACACAACUUUGGAAAGCCAGGAUGACAGGAAAUGUUUUCUGCAGCUGAGGUGGUCGGAAGUUAUGAACUACAUGCAGUUUGAAUCUUCUGCAGCUACAACUGGGCAUUUCCUCUAAAGUCUUCAUAGCACUUUUUUUUUGUCUUUUAACCAUUUUUUUUAGAUUUAUUUAAGCCUUACCAUACUCUCAUGUUGGUCACACACAUUUAAAAAGUGAUUUCUUGAUGGUAGAAUUGCAGGAAAGAUACAAAACAGUUUUGCAUUUAAACUCGUACAGAUUGCUGAACAUUCUUGAUAAAGAGAUCCUUUUUUUUUCCAAUGCUGGCUGUCGGAAAUAUCAGUACUGUAUAAAUUAGAAUAUUUUAUGACUGUGCCUAAAACUCAGUGUCCUUCAAUAUAUGAUUGUUGUGAAAUAGCAAGAUUUUCUGAAUGUCGAAAACAAAUUAAUUCAGACUUGAUUUACGAGGUAGAUUGAUUCUAACAAGAUCUACGAGAACGUGAUCAUGUCAGGUAAGGCAGAGACAUACUUUCAAUGCGUCAACUUUCCUCUGACAUUAAUAAACAGUUAUUUAUAUAAAAGAAAAUAACAGUUGGACGGUCAAUUUUGGCCAGCUACAGUUUAUGCAAAUAACAUACCUCAGUCACUUAAACAAUCCUUAACGUUAUUUAAAUACACCAUACCAUAGCAUUAAACUAACUAUUACUCAUUACUAACCGUCAUUGUCUGGUUUUAUUAUAUCAAAACUUGCAAAAGAGAUUUUAUUUUCACGCACGUUUUAUUAUGCGGUACAAUUAUAUUUAGAUCAUUAUGUCCUCAUGUUAUGUCUGUGCAAUCACACCAUCACUUUUUCCUUAAUGACAAUCAAUUAUGUGUUGUUUCCUGAUAUUCCUUCAGUGUCAUGACUGCUUGUCAGCCUGCAUUUUCUGUCUUUAUUUGUCAGUGAAAAUGAUUACUUUAAAGAAAUAGGAUUAUUUUAUGGAUUUGGGUUUGGUAGUCUUGCCUAUGUGUAGCUAUGCUACCGUUCUUGUUUGCAUUUGGGUGCACAUGAAUCAGCUUCUGUGGUGUUCCCGAGCUGACUAAAACUUUGUAUUCUGUAUGUUUUUGAUAACUUUUACUUGUUGUAAAUGAAUUUGCUUGUUGCAUACUAAGUGUACUUAAAGUACUUUCGGGCAGGAUUCCCUGAUUUAAAAAAAAAAAUAGAAAUAAAAUAUUUAGGGGGAGGUCAGCCUUCAGUGCAUCAAUGUCUUGAAGACAGAACAGUAUAUGCACCGGCUUACCGUCUUGUAUAAUUGUUCAGAAUGAUUAUCCACAGCAACGUGAAUGAUAAUAGGGAUGUAAAUAAUUCAACAAGGAUAUGUCUUGUGAAAUAAAUGUCAUUUGUAAUAUGUUGGUUUAAAACCUGAACAGUAUGUUUGUAAAGGCACUGGUGUGAAUUCACAAUUGUACAUGUAAUUUCAUUAAAAUGAGUGCAUGUUGUUUUUAAGCUAGGUUUUAUAAUCUUGUCGCCAUUUGCCGUAAUAAGGAGCAUUGUUAUCAAUUUUAUAGUGCAUUACAGUGCAUGAAAAAAACGCUUAAGCACAGUUUAUCAAAUGCAGUAUGUAAACUGUUUAUUUCAGUUUUGUGGCUUUAAAGUAUUUACAGUGCAACUCCUUCAUUGGAAAAUUUUGAAGCAUUUUUUUCUCCUCUUGUGAGAUGUGUACCAUUUUAUACUGUGUAAAUGUACUCAUUUUUUCUGAGACGUUUGUCUUUGAAUGUUUAGAUUAAGAUAUGAGACAUCAUUCUUGUCGCUCAAGUUGGUCACAACUCUACAUUUCUACCUCACAGAUAAAAAUCUAAUGUAUUAACGACUGAGCUCCUGUAUCAGCAUUCCAGUCUCUGAAGCAACACAUUUCAAACAGAAUAAACAGAUCUUCAUUAAAUAUGA